AUGUCCGGGAGAUGUAAGAGCCGAAGCCGUGCAAAUGCUACCUCAAUGUCGGGAAGUGUGUCCAUCGAUGAGCGUAUUUUGCGAGAAUGCCACCAAAUAUACACUGAUACGGAUAACGGCUUGAUCAGCAUAGCACGGUCAGUGGGGCUGAAUCUUCUGCCGCCAAGGAAAAAGAUCACCGUCAUGCUUAUGGGGAACCACUCUGCUGGCAAGAGCUCCUUUAUUAACUGGUAUGUAGAUGAGCACAUUCAGCGCACAGGAGUGGCCAUUGAGACGCAAGGCUUCAGUUUUGUUACCAGUGGACGAAAAAGGGAAUCCCUCAUGGGAAAGGCAACACUCUUCCUCCACCCUCAUUUCAAACAUCUGCAGGAUUUCAAAGGGGUGUCGGAGUACCUCACCACUGAGAUCUGCACGUCCCGGCAGAAGCGGUUCAGUCUCGUGACCUUUGUGGACACACCUGGCCUGGUGGAUGGGUACAUGAAGUAUCCAUUUGAUGUAGAUCAGGCUAUUCUGUGGCUGGGCAAUGCGUGUGAUCUGAUUCUGGUAUUCUUCGACCCAAUGGGCCAGGCACUGUGUAAGCGCACCAUGAACCUUGUUGAGAAGUUGAACGAAAGCCAAGGCGAAAAGUUGAGGUUCUAUAUGAGCAAGGCAGACGAGGCUGGGAGUGACUCAGACAGACAGAGAGUUUUGAUGCAGAUAGUUCAGGAGCUGUGCAAGAGACCAGGCCUCAACAAGUGUGGUUUUGACAUGCCCACUAUUUACAUACCCAACCCCAACAAGCCAAGUUGUUGUGUGAAUCAGAUUGAGGAAGUCUGCAAGACCUUAGAGAAGACCAUUAACCAGACUGUGCAGAUGUCCCUUAACUCACUGGAGAACGACUGUGAAGUCAUCAUUUGCGCCAUAACUGACAAACUCAACACUGAUAGGCAGCACAGUGCAGACAACUCGCAAUCCCAUUGCAUAGGCUGUAUGCUUUGUCUGCUGGGCUCUUUUCUGCUUUUCAUGCUGCUGGCUGUCCUGCUGUUGGGCGGUCUGUCCAACCCAGUUUUUCAGAUGGCACUGGGGGAGGAGGGCAGGGAGGCAUUAACACUCUAUUUGGUUCCUGUGAUGAAAGCAUUAGUCUCUAUGCCUAUUGACCAUCAGCUUUAUUGCUGUGGAGGACUCGUUAUGGUCUUUGUCACUCUCCUCAUCCUAGCAUGUUUGGCCUUCCGCACCCGUCCGACCAUGUCUGGCUGGCAGAAGAGACAGUUGAAAGAGAAACUGGACUUUGUUGAGGAAGUGUUGAAUAAAAAGAAGAGAAAGCUCUAUGAAGACUACCUCCGUCAGAGUCUUGGGGAACAUGAUAUGGUCUGA